AUUGCGCUGCUCUUCAGCUGGGGCUUGCAUUGCCAUGAUCACUAUUCACUCGAGACCGUCAUCGUAGUUUCCCCUUCGAUAUAUAAUCAGCGCAGCACAGUCACCCUCAGCAUCGAUCAGUUACUAUACAAAUCACAAUGCCGUCUUUCCUAGCGAGAAGCCUCGUCCUAGGCUGCUGCCUGAUGAUCCUUGUGAUCCUCCUGCCAUCCCCAGGCUCGGCCCUGGGUCUGCUCCGGCCGCAGCCGAGCCUCAACUUCACCAUCGGCGUGGAGGGCGUCGUGUGGUGCAAGAGCUGCCGGUACCCCGGCUACGUCGAGUCCAGGGACGCGUCGCCUCUCCGGAACGCGUCGGUGCUGCUGCGGUGCCGGCACGGCCACCGGGCGCUGUCGGUGUGGAACACCACGAACGCGCAGGGCUACUUCCUGAUCCAGACGGGGACGCAGGCGGCGCCCUUCACGAGCAACAACUGCAAGGUGUACGUGCCGCGGUCGCCGGCGCGCGGGUGCCGCGUGGCCGUCAGCCCCCGCCGGAAGAAGGGGUCGCCGCUCAAGUUCCGCAGGUUCGUCACGCUCACCGACGGCCUGCAGGCGCGCUACUCCGCCGGCCGCUUCACGUUCGCGCCGCAGGACCCAUCCAAGUGUUGAUACAAAAACUGACCGUGACCGACGGCUUCCAAUUUGGGCUCGAUCGUCGCGCGCGUCGCAUUCAGGGGCUGUAAACUGGUAUAGUAAUAACUAAUAAUAAAGGUCAUGAAGCCGAUGUAUCUUUGUGCUUCGUUCCUGUACGUGUUGCUCGAUGGGUUCGGGAAAGCACAUCUGAACGUGUGCUGCGUCGU